CGCUCCGCUCGCUCCUGGGGGCUGUCAGAAGUCUUCUCUUGAAGCCUUGCCUUGGCUGAGCAGGUGUAACGGCGUUCUGGGCAAGCUAAACCCUCACCUCGCCGAGGAUGUGGCUCUGGACAGCCUGAUGUAGUGUGAGGAGUCCCUGCCCGUGGCCGGGGGUUGGGGCUGGAGGAUCCUUGGGGUCCCUUCCAGCCCUGGCAGUUCUGUGACUGUGCUUCUCAGGACUGACAAAAGGCUCUGCCUGGGAGUCUGUUGUGUUCCGUGGUGCCAGUGUUAAUGAAGGGGAAUUCAGCCAGGCUGGAUGGGGCCUUGAGCAGCCUGGGCUGGCAGGAGCUGCCCCUGCCCGUGGCAGGAGGGUUGGACCUGGAUGAUCUUUGAGGCCACAGGGAAUGGCAGCUCCCUUCCAACCCAGUUCUGUGGUUGGUCUUCACCGCCUGGGGACACAGUGUGCCACAAGGCUUCCUUCAAUCCUCUUUUCUUGUCCUCCCAGGGAUCAGCUCGAGCUUGGAAGGCUGUUGCUCUGCCUAGCUGCUUGCUGCAGGAUGCCACACAAGAUUGGCUUCAUAGUUGUUAGCUCCUCAGGACAUGAGGAUGGCUUCAGUGCCAAGGAGCUGAUGGUUCACGCGCCGACGGUCAACGGAUGGAGGUCACCCAGGCUGUGCCAGUACCCCCAGGAGAUCGUCCUGCAGCUGGCGGAGCGGUGCCGGAUCCGCAAGCUGCAGCUGCUGGCUCACCAGUACAUGAUCUCCAGCAAAGUCGAGUUCUACAUCAGUGAGAGCUUGCCUGAGUGCUUUGCUCCCUACCAGGCAGAGAGGUUUCAGAGGCUGGGCUAUGUGCCCCUCUCAGACAAUGAGAAGACUGACUUUGAGGCACGGGAGCUGAAGUCAGUCUAUGUGGAUGCAGUUGGCCAGUACCUGAAGCUGAUCUUCCACAAGAAUUACGCCAACAAGCACAACCUCUAUGGUCAGGUUGCUCUUGUAGCUGUGAACAUCAUUGGUGAGCCAGCAGACUGCAGCCAUGGCAGCAGUCACCCUCCUUCCAGGGAGCAGCUGGUAGACCACUACCUGGGCGUCAGCGCGGAGGAUCCUGCCCUGGCUGGCUCCUACCCGGGGAAGUGUGACUCCAUCUCCCCCCUGGACGACCUGGCCUUUGACAUGUACCAGGACCCCGAGGUGGCGCGGCUCAUCCGCCGGCUGGAGCAGCGCAAGCGCCAGGCCGUGCGCCGCGAGCGCUACGACCGCGCCCAGCAGCUCAAGCAGGCCAUGGCUGACCUCCAGAAGGUCGGGGAGCGGCUGGGCCGCUACGAGGUGGAGAAGCGCCGCGCCGCCGAGCGGGAGGACUACGAGCUGGCCCAGAGCAAGAAGCAGCAGAUGGAGGCCUACCGCCUGCAGGUGUACCAGCAGCUGCAGCUGCACCCCCUGCUGCAUGCAGAGCUGCUGGAUCACAAACCUGAGCUGCCCCUGGAGCCUGGGAUGUGCCCUGGCAGCCCCCAGCGCCCCUCAGCUGCUCCUUCCCCCCCUGCUGAGCACAGAGAGGAGCCCUGGGCAGCAGAGCCUGUGCUGGAGGAGAGGCCAGCAGCCCCUGCUGCUGCUCAGCCCCUGCCUCCCCAUCAGUCCCCUGCUGCUCCUGAGCCCCAGCCCUCCCUGGACAGCAAAUGUUCUCUGCCCUGCCAGGCUGAACUUCUGCCCUAUGAUGAGAGACCCCUGCCAGCCAUCUGCAAGCAGCCCCAGGCCCACCUCGGGCCAGAGAGGGCUGAGGAGGCUCCCAGUGCCCCCCCAGCGAGAGGCAUCACAGGGGAGCCAGAACCACUCAGUGAGAAGGCUCUGAGGGAGGCCAGCCUGGCUGUGGAGGUGUUUGGAGAGGCUUUGGUGGCAGGAGCCUACUCCCGGAGCUGGAGCCGCCGAGAGGACGCUCUGCUGGCCGUCUACAGCAGGCUGCUGCAGGUGCCACAGGGCACCCCCAGGGAGGAGCUCAGGAGCAUGCUGAGGGCUGCCACCCUGCUGGCCAGGAGAGCCAGCAAGGACAUCGUGUCCUCAGUGUUCCAGGCUGCCCUGAAGCUGCUGAAGAUGCUCCUCACGCAGUACAUCCCCAGGCACAGGCUGGGGAAGGCAGAGGCCGCUCAGUGUGUGGAGGGCGCGCUGCCCGCCCUGCUCGCCAGCACCGGAGACUCCUCUGCCCGCCGGCGCCUGCUGGCCGCCGCCUUCAUCCGGGAGCUGGCCCUGUGUGCCGAGGUGAGGGCCCUGCAGGUCGUCCCGGCCCAGCUGCUGCAGCCCCUGAGGCCGAACUGCGCUCCGCAGCUGGCGGCGAGCCGGCUGCAGCUGGUGGAGAGCCUGCUGGGGGAGCUGGGCACCGAGGGCUCAGGCUUCACUGUCACCAAUGUCAUGAAGUUUGCCACAGGAGCUGUGGAGCACAGGGCCCAGGAGGUGCGGGAGGCAGCGCUGAGGAUCAUCUCUGCUCUGUACAGUAGGCACAGAGCUGCUGUGGUGGAGCUCCUGCCCCCAGCCCAGGCCAGCACCCCCAGGAGCCUGCUCUACAGAAGCCUCUGGGAGGGCUUCUCCAGGAUGGAUGGCAGAGGCUCUGAAGCUGAGCUCAGGGCACGGAGAAAGGCAGCAACAGAAGAGGCAGAGAGGCAGAAGAAGGAAGAAAUCAAAGCUCUGCAAGGUCAGCUGGCAGCUCUGAAGGAGAUCCAAGCAGAAGUUCAAGCUGGAAAGGAGCCAGAAUUUGAUGUGCAGAAGCCAGAGGACCAAGGGCAGCAGGCCGGCAGCAGCCCCCAGCCUGCAGCAGAGGUGCCAGAGGAGCACUCCUCUGCUGCCAGCUACUUGGACAACUUGUGCAUCUUCUGUGGUGAGAGGGAUGAGUCCUUCACGGAGGAGGGGCUGGACCUGCACUACUGGAAGCACUGCCCCAUGCUGAUCAGAUGUGAGCACUGCAAGCAGGUGGUGGAGAUAGCAGGCCUGACAGAGCACCUGCUGGCUGACUGCGAGCGGAGGGAGAGCUUCGUGCGCUGCCCGCGCUGCAGCGAGGCCCUGCCCAGGGAGCACCUCCCCAGGCACCUCAGGAGCAAGGCCUGCACCUCUGCCAAACCAGAGACUGUGGCCAACCACUGCCCACUGUGCCACGACAACUUUGCCCCAGGAGAGGAGGCCUGGAAGUCUCACCUGCUGGGCAGGGAUGGCUGCAGGAUGAACAGGCGCAGGGUGGCCCCAAUGAACAAAACUCUGCUGCUGCAGCCUGGCAGAGCAGCUGGAAGGAAGCCUGGAGCUGCAGGGCCAAAAGCUCAGCCUCCAUCUCUGGCAAGCAAGAUCCCAGCCCCAAGAGGGAGCCCAAAUAAAAGCACUGCCAAAACCUACUCAAAGCAGUGACAGGAGAGGUACUUUAGUCUGGGAACUGCUUUGGGCACCCCCUAGAAGCCUUUCUGCUUGGCUGUGUGGGGCAGCACUGCCCAGGCUGCUGCCCUCUGUGCUGUUAGAAAUGAGCUCUGGAACAGGCCCCAGAGAGCUCCCAGGCCCCAGGAGUUGGCACCACAGGAAGAAGCUGCAGGGCUGGCCCUUGCCAGAGGGAGCUCAGCCUGGAGCAGUGACCCAAACUGGCACCAAGGGCCUUGUGAGCCCUCUUGAGAGGAGGGCUGAGCUGCACCCCCAGAGUCCCCUGUGGGCUGCAGUGAUGGUGUGAGUGGCUGCAGCUCCUGCAACCACCCAAGCUCUGCUCCCCCAGAAAGGAAGUAAAGGCCAAGCUCUUGCUGGGGCCCUGCACAACCUGAGCUAAUAAAUGUAGGCUGU